CCCUAGAAAGGUAUCAUCACUAAGUUCUAACCUUUUGGUCGCAAAAAUAUAAAAAACAAAAAACCAUAUGAGAAAAACGGUGCAGUUUCAGUGGCAAGAACCAAAUUUCACGCCUUGCUCGCUGGAAAGUCCCGAACCGUAAAUCAUUGCCCAUCGGCGAUCGCCUCUCUCAACUUCCUCUUCUUCACAGUCCCCAGCUUCCAGCCUCCCACCACGUCGUGAGACAUAACGACCCAAGGUCCUCUCUCUCUCUCUCUCUCUGAUCCAGAAUUGUUUCUCUUGCAAUGGCGAAUGAUCAAAAAUCAUAAUUUCAAAUUCAUUGCAAAUUAAAUUGUGGGUGUGCUUUGGGUUCUGUUCAAGCUUAUAGAGGAUUUGUUCUAAGCUGGUUGAUAGUGAAGAAUGUCAAGAAUAAGAGAUAGGACUGAGGAUUUUAAGGAUGUUGUACGGCAGACUGCCCUAUCUUUGGGGUAUGAUGAGUCGAAAUUGGCAGCCAUUUUGGCGUCUUUCAUAAUUCAUAAACCUCUACAAAGGUCAUCUUUCACAAAAGCUGCACUGAAGACGCUUGAAAGCAUCAAAGCUUUGGAACAGUUUAUGUUGAAACAUCGAAAGGAUUAUGUGGAUCUUCAUCGUACUACUGAACAGGAGAGAGACAGCAUUGAACAUGAAGUUAGUGCUUUCAUUAAAGCAUGCCAGGAACAAAUUGAUAUUUUAAAAAAUGGCAUAAAUAGUGAAGAAUCAGACUCUAAAGGAUGGCUUGGCAUAAGGGCUGAUAAUUCAAAUGUUGAUACCAUAGCACACAAACAUGGCGUGGUUUUAAUAUUAAGUGAGAGACUUCAUUCGGUCACAAUACAGUUUGAUCAGCUAAGAGCCAUACGCUUUCAGGAUGCCAUUAGUAGAGCAAUGCCUAGAAGAAAACUUAAACGUAAUGCAAAUUCAAAUUCUGAAGAUUCAUCUAAAUCAAAUGCAAUAGAGCUCAGGGAGCUCCAUGAACUUCAAUCUGAUCCUCUGAGACUACAGCAGCAGCAUUUGGAUGAUGAAACACGUGCCCUUCAGGUAGAGUUGUCAAGUCUCCUUGAUGUUGUUCAUGAAACUGAAACUAAGAUGGUGGAAUUGUCGGCAUUGAAUCACCUUAUGUCCACACAUGUUUUGCAACAAUCUCAACAAAUAGAACUUUUAUACAACCAGGCUGUUGAAGCUACAAUGAAUGUAGAGCUUGGUAACAAAGAGUUAACCCAAGCUAUUCAGCGGAAUAGUAGCAGCAGGACCUUUCUUAUUCUUUUUCUUUUUGUACUUACCUUCUCUAUCAUCUUUCUUGAUUGGUAUAGUUGAAUGGAUUGAGUCCAUUGAUUUUAAUGUUUUACUCGAGAGAAAUACAUUGUACUACUUAUCUUUGAUAGAGGAAAAGAUAAAAAAACAAGAACUUUUUAACAAUAUUAUAUUGUCGAGAUUAGUUUUA